AUGUCCUUCCAGGGCCAUGGCAUGCUCGACGACGCUUGGUGGGACACGUUCACCACCAACGCGAACGACUACGAUCUCGGCGCCCCUGUCGGCUUCGGCGCAAGCUCGACCGUCUACUCCGCCGUAUUCAACGAUCCAGACUCUACGAUAGACGAAUGGCGACCAUGCGCAGUCAAGGUCUCUAGUACGGACCUGUCGCAGCUGAUCCGCGAAGCGCAUCUGCUCGGACUGUGCAGGCACCCCAACGUGCUGCGCGUGCUCGCGACGUUCACACUGCCGCCGGACCACGCUCGCGUCGCCAUUGUGACCCCGCUUAUCGAGGGCGGCUCGCUGCUGAGCAUCCUCGAGUGGCGUGCACGCACCCCGAAGCGCGGCCGAAUAGCUCUCGACGAGGAAGAAGUCAAGGCAGUCGUGAAGCAGGUCCUGGAAGGCAUGGCUUAUCUGCACGCGAAUGGAUUCCUGCAUGCCGGCAACCUCCUUCUCGCCCCGGAUGGCACAAUCCUCCUCGCCGACUUUGGCGUCGCCGGCGACGUGAACGUUCCCGACACGCCGGUGACUGAGCUGCCCGAAGUGGAGGCCGUGCGCUUCGAUAUGCCCCGCGUCAAGGUCGUCGCCGGCCUCCCAGCGGCUACUGACGCGCCUUCCUUCGUCAAGGAGAUCGGCAAGCGCAAGUCGUUCGUUGGCACACCGUCAUGGAUGGCCCCUGAGGUUAUCCGCGGGCAGCCGUACGACGCGUCGGCCGACAUCUGGAGCCUCGGCAUCACGAUCAUCGAGCUCGCGACUGGCGCGCCACCAGGUCGCGGCCGACCAGCCGAUCUCGCCGCAACUGCACGGGAGAGCACACCUGCGCCGCAGCUUCCUGCCUCGUUCUCGAAGCAGAUGCGCGACUUUGUCUCCCUCUGCCUGCAGAAAGAUCCGACGAAGCGACCAUCGACAACCGAACUGCUGCACCACCGCUGGUUGAGCAACGCCAAGGGCGGCAAGUUCCUGGCGGACGCGCUGUUAGCCGACGUCGUCAACAUCACGCAGCGGCAAGAGCUGAGGCGCAUCGACACGGUGUCCAGUAUGGCGUCUGGCGCGCCGUCAUGGGACUUUGGGUCUGUCCCCCCCUCACCAGUCGCGCGCUUCAACAGCCCGAGCUUCUUCAGCACGUCGCCGAUAGCAACGCGCGAUGAGCUGCCGCCGAACGCACUUCCGCCCAACUCGCCCCGCAUCAGUUUGCACCAGUGGGCCGAGCUCACGAGCGACUCGCUCCCACCGACGCCUGCGAUCGAGAAUCCCGGCUCCGGACUCCUGUUCCAGUCCAUGUCGAGCAGCGCGCUCAGUACGGCUUCAUACACGACCGCCUCGUCCAAGCUCUGGCACCGCAACUCUAAGGGAAGUAUCCGGACGCGGGGCGUCCCAGCCUCAAGGCAGACGCUCGAGCCGCACCCUCCGUUACCGGUUGUCCCGCAAUUCAUCCGCAAGCCACCGAGUCCGGACCAGCUGACGCCGAACGGCAACUGCAACGGCGGGUGCGACCUCGAGCUCGAGCGCAAAGUUACGCCGACACAGCAGGACCCACACCCGCUGCCUACUUCUACGCCGACACCGCACGCGACGGCCAAUGGUCAUAUCGCGAAUGGCAAUGGCACUGGGCACUCGACCGGAAACGGAUACGCUCAUGUCAACGUCCCGACGAAGCCCGGAUCGAAGCCCAGCUCAAUUGAAGACAGCUCGUCGACAGAGACGCAACAGACACCCAAGAUCCUUCCGGCGUCCAAGUUUGACGUACCGAUGCUGAAGCUGCCAUCCCGCGACCGAUGGCUUGGCCGCAACAAGGACAAAGAUAAGGAGGUGCACCUCGAGAAGGAGGUCCACAAGGAGCACAAGGAGAAGGAGCACAAAGGGUUCAAUCUUCCCUGGAGGAAGAAGUAA